AGUGUCGUGACGAACGUGCAGUUGUGCUUUUGGUGUGGUGAAAUGCGCUCCAACAGAACGAUGGGUUUCCGUGGUACGGUAGUGUUAUUGUGUUUGAAUUUCGCGGCCAUUUUGGUGACGGUGGUCUCCGAAAGCAAUGAGACCGUGGCUAGCACGACGCUCGCACCCACCGGUUUGAGUUCUCCCGGGUUCGGGUUCGAGAUGCUGAUGGCCAAACUGGACUACCUGCAGUACAAGCUGCUCGAGAUGGACUUUUCGAUGAAAGAACAAAGCGAAGGAGUCGCUCAAAACCAGGCCCACCUGGAGAAGCUGUUCGGUAGCAUGCUGUGGGCGAUCAGCUGGCUUGAUCAGGCGGUUGGGAACAACCUAACCGCGCUGCAAUCACAAUCCUGGAAGAUCCUUUCCCGCCAGAAGGCGUGCGCAAACCACGAGCUCAUCCGGAAUGAGAUCUUUAGUCUCGCGCCGAAACAGGGCCUCUCACCGAACGCUCGUUCGCUGUACGACCUGCAGGGAAUGCGCCAUAAGGGUCCGUUCGAAUCGUGCAAGGACGAACCCACGAAGGUGUCCGGAAAGUACCUGCUGCGAGAGACCGGAGACGAUGAACCGUUCCCGGUGGUGUGUGAACAGACAAAGUACGGUGGCGGUUGGUUGGUGGUGCAACAUCGGUUCCAGGGAUCGGUCGAUUUUUACCGCAACUGGACGGAGUACCGGGAUGGGUUCGGUAGCGUGGACGGUGAGUUUUGGCUUGGACUGGAGCACCUGCAUCGUCUGACGUCGGCUAAACCGUACCAGCUGCUGAUCGAGGUGGAGGACUUUGCUGGUGAUUAUCGGUACGCGCGGUAUCGCGAGUUUGAGAUCGGAAGCGAAGCGGAACAGUACACCCUGAAGAAGCUGGGCGCGUACAGUGGCACCGGUGGGGAUUCGCUGACGUACCACAAGGGCAUGAAGUUUACGACCAUCGAUCGGGACAAUGAUGGCGCGACGACGAACUGUGCGGUGACGUGUGAGGGUGCCUGGUGGUUCAACAACUGCCAUCAUUCGAAUCUUAACGGGCGGUAUAUGAAUGCGGUCGAUGUGAAGUCGAUUUCGUGGUAUCACUUCAAAAGCUCACACCAGGGAAUGGCGUACUCUCGGAUGAUGAUUCGUGAGGUGUAGCUAUUUGGGUUGAAUAAAGUGUAUGUUUCAA